UCCUUUUUUUAACUUUUUGAAAAUUACUCUGCCACAGGUCCAAACUCUGCCUGAAGACACUUUUCUCAACAGAUUGACACUGGCAAAGCUUGCUUUGCUGGAAAUGCUGAUUAAGUUACUGGAAAAACAAAACAAAACAAAAAACACACUGAGUUUCCAUUUGUCUGUGUUCUGCCCCUUUCAUCCUUCUGUCAGUUCGCUGGCCGGGUCCUGUGGGGGUGAGAGUGAGGAAAAAUCCCUUGCAGGAGUUCCUACCCACUGGAAAAAGGAGCGAGCAAGCAGGAAGAUAAGCCUAGCAGAAAAAGAUACUUUCAUUAUGGCCUUUACAUUUAUGACCAGCAAGAUAAUGAAGGAAGGUAAUUCUGGAAGCUUUAUGUCCAUUUUAACGGGCCCUCCAGCACUGAGAAAGGUAAUAGUCAAUGGAUGGUGUCCAUAAGGAUUCCAUCUCCUUCUCCCCUGACAGCCAUUGACAGGAUCAUUGUGUAUUUGCAACUGCUGUCACUGAAGCAUGGAGAAAAAGCCCUGUAAGGCCAGGAGAAUGAGGGUGACUUCCCUGCAAGGAUCUCUAUUGUCAUCACUAUGGCAAUAACAGUUACUAUAAUUUUCAUUCUGCUUUUCUAUAGAGUGUCUACUUUGUGGAGCUCAAGGCUAUGGGAUGUGGGUCACAUGAAAUCACACUGGCAUAAAAUCAUGCUUUGCAAUCUUGCAAGGGUAUUUUAUAAAACUGCAAAGAGGACUCAGGCAACAAGAUCACAGUAAUUACCAAUGCAGGUCAUUGAUGAAUACAAUUACUUAUGCGAUGCUAACAGCUUUAUGGAGGCUUUUAGAUAGUGUUAGUUCGGCGGUCAUUCCCUCCCCCCCCCCCCAUUUGGAUUGUUAGACCACUGCCAGUUUUUCUCCCCAAGAAUGUGGCUUAUCAUUUCAGGUUAAAAACGUAAAUUAAUUGCAAAUCAGCUUUUGGUCAUCGCCUGAGAGUUUCUCUUUAUUAUCCGCAAAUAAAUCAUAAGGACAAGAACCAUUCAUGCCUUCCAUUUCUUUUAUGUUCACCGCACUCAGCAUAGACAAAAAUUCCGGUGUUACUAGCUUUUCGACAGAUUUAGAGAGGUCUAACCCGAGCAAGUAGGACUCUGCAAAAAGAACUUCGUGAAUAAAGCAGGAUGGGGCGCUCACCUGUGAUCUCAGGUGGGAUGAAAAAUCUCUAAAGGGGACCUUGAGGUUGAGAGAAAACAGACAAUCGGACGCACCAAAGGGGGUGCAGAGAAAAGGGGUUAAAACGAGAAAGACAAGCAUAAAGAAACAAAGCCAGCAACUGAACGGACGAAAAAGAGAAACAGACUACAACAGGUGGACGAAAAGAAAAAUAAAGGAAAAUCUAGCAUCAGCAGUCACAGACUGAAAGCGAGGAGGUGUGGAGGGACAGAGACUACAGCCCCCAAAAUCCCUUGCGGCGCCUCCUCCCCAGAUGCCAGUCUCCUAGGCAACCCCAGUAAACAAGAUGGCGACCCCCAGGAGAGAUCAUCAGGUGCCGAGACUGUCCUCUCUCCUGGGAAGCUUAUGCAGUUCACGAACUGGAGUGCAGUCGAAACUGUUGUACUCAGAAAAGGAACAUCAGGCCUGCUGGUCUUCUUUUCCCAUGGGGCAGAGGCCGAAAAAUACUUUCCGCAAAGCCUCCUCCUACCUGUUCGAGCAGCUCAUUCACCGCUCUCUGCAGUCGGAGGUGGACCGAGAAUACGUGGACCAGGACGAGGAGGAGGGCGAGGGCGAGGGCGAGGGUGAAGCGGAAUCGGAGACGUCCUCGGAGUCAGAAAUGCUGAAUUCGGAGGGGGAAUUUGAUGGGGUCCUGAGGGAGGAGGUUGUGGCCGAGAAACUCUACCAACUGGGGCGCUCAGGCUCUGGGACUGAGCAGGUCUACCUCAGUCUAAAUUUAUCAGGUCUUGAUUUAAUUGACAUCAGCAUCCUCUGUGGAUACAUUCACCUACAGAAGUUGAAUCUUGCAGGAAAUAAAAUUGAAGAUUUGUCUUGUGUGAGCUGUAUGCCUUAUCUUCUAGAACUUAAUGCGUCUCAGAAUAAACUGACUGCAUUCUUCAAUUUCAAGCCACCCAAAAAUCUCAAGAAAGUGGAUUUUUCCUACAACCAGAUUUCUGAAAUGUGUGACUUGUCAGCAUACCAGACUCUGACGAAGCUGAUUUUGGACAGCAACGAGAUAGCCGAAAUCACCGGACUGGAAAUGUGUAGCAGUCUUACCCACCUUAGUCUGGCCAAGAACAAGAUCACAGCCAUUAAUGGCUUAGGCAUGUUACCCAUCAAAAUACUGUGUCUGAGCAAUAACCAGAUUGAGAAGAUCACAGGUUUGGAUGAAUUAAGAGUCCUGCAAAUCCUGGAUCUGUCCCACAAUCAGAUCACUAGCCUCCAAGGCUUAGAGAGUCAUGACUUCUUGGAAGUGAUCAACCUAGAGGAUAAUAAGGUUGCUGAGCUGAGUGAAAUAGAAUACAUUGAAAACCUACCUCUCCUUCGAGUUCUCAGUCUGCUGAGAAAUCCAAUUCAGGAAAAAUCUGACUAUUGGUCCUUCGUUAUUUUUAUGCUCCUCCGAUUAACAGACUUAGAUCAGAGGAAGAUUAAAGUGGAAGAAAAGGUUGCCGCAGUGAAUAAAUACAGCCCUCCCCCGGAAGUCGUUGCAGCCCAAGAUCACAUGACCCAUGUUGUCAACAGCGUGAUGCAGCCACAGAGGAUCUUUGACAGCACCCUUCCCAGCCUGGAUGCCCCCUAUCCCAUGCUGGUAUUAGCUGGUCCUCAGGCGUGUGGUAAACGAGAGCUGGCUCACCGCCUCUGCAGACAGCUCAGCACUUACUUCAGAUACGGGGCCUGUCACACCACAAGACCGCCUUACUUUGGAGAAGGGGAUCGAGUCGAUUAUCAUUUCAUCUCUCAAGAGGUUUUUGACGAAAUGCUAAACAUGGGGAAAUUCAUUCUGACCUUUGAUUAUGGUAAUCACAAGUAUGGAUUAAGUAGGGACACCUUGGAAGGCAUCGCCAGAGAUGGUUUAGCAAGCUGCGUUCAUAUGGAAAUGGAAGGUGUAAGAAGUUUAAAAUAUUCCUAUUUUGAGCCUCGAUACAUUCUGGUGGUACCCAUGGACAAGAAAAAAUAUGAGGGACACUUGAGGAGAAAAGGAUUAUUUAGUCGUAUAGAGAUUGAAUUUGCUGUCUCCAGGGUGGACCUUUAUAUUAAAAUUAAUCAGGAAUAUCCAGGAUAUUUUGAUGCAGUCAUCAAUGCAGAUGAUCUGGAUGUUGCCUACGAGAACCUGAGCCAGCUCGUUAAAGAAUACCUUGGAUUGUCUGAGGAAACUGCCAAGAGUUUGGCUCCCCCUGAAGCAGGAGCUCCCUCUAGCAAGAAGACUGCCUCUGGGGUGCCAGCACACCUGGUCCCAUCCCCAAGGCGCUUGGCAAAACUGCAAGCAGAUGGCCAGAUAACAGAGCAUCUCUCUGGAAUGCAGAUUCUUGCAAAACUCCCUGAAAAUCAGAGCCCAGCUCCCUCCCAGACCCAAGAGCUGACUCAGGAGGGAGCUAACCCUCAAAAAGAGCUUCCUCCUGGUAGCCGUGUCAGCGCCGAGCCUCCUCCACAACCCAGCUCUUUGGUGACUGGUGUUGCCCAGCUGGCCCAAGACUUAGCCCCAAACCAGAAGGAAGAGGAUGCUCCGCAAGCAGGUCCUGCUUCAGAGACAGUAACCAUCAGUCUCCCUGAAAGUGAGGCCCAGACUUCGGAGGUGAAGGCAGGUGAAGGAGGUCCACCCUCCCCCACUCCUUCCCAGGGAACCUCUGGGCACCCUGACCCAGAGCCAGGCCGAGGCCCUCAGCUAGACCAGGAUGAGGAGUCAGGAGAGGCCAAGGUCACCCCCACCCGCCCUCCCCUGCCUGAGCUUCCGCAGGGGUCUGGCCCAACAUCCCACAGCCCCCAGGGCACCCAGGAGGAAGAACCUGGGUCCACCAGUGAGCCUCCACGCAGUCCCCGUCCUGAUGAAGCCAAGAUGCUUGGAUCACCUCCGGAGGACUCUCAACAGCCUCUGGAGGAGGGACUCCCCAAAGCAGAAGUUGUCCGGGCCGACACUCCUUACCCCGAAUUGCCACAUCCCCCAGACACAACCAACACCAGCCAGACCCAGGACAGGGGAGACCCGGUGACGGUGCUGCCCAAAGGCCGGCUGGCUCCCACCAGGCUGCCCCAGCCCCGGGUCCUCGCUCCCCUCCAGAGCCCAAGGCCCAUACCCAAACUGCUCUCACCCAGCAGGGAGGAGGCUCCAGGACCAGCCUCAGAGCAACCCCUACUGGCUCAGGAAGGAGACCCCAGUAAACUGCCUCCCAUCAGCCCCCCGCAUUCCAAACAGCCUUGCAAUCUGAGCCCCCACCUGGGCCCCAGUCCCCAGCAAGUCCAGGGUGAGAAAGUCAGGGAGGUGAAACUCCCUCUGAUCAGUCCCCCAGUGCAGGAGCAGGCACCGCAGGCCGCCCCCGAUCCGCCCCAGGAAGAGGCGGCUCAGGGAGUCAAGCUUCCUCGAAUUCCUACUCCCUUCUCAGAACAGCAGCUGCCACACAACACCGGGGCAGCUCGUCAUGAUUUGAAGCCUGCCAAGGAAAGACAAGCUCCCAAGGCAGUCCACUCCUCCAGCAAGAAGAUUCCAGAUAUCCAGGCCCCGCCCCCAAAUCAAGAGCUGGUGCCGCAGAGAGGAGCUAGAAAAAAAAAACUCCCUAUCCACAGAGAGACAGCUAAAGGGCCUGCACAGCUGCAAAGGGCGCCACCUGGAGGCCACAAGGAGGCAUUGCAGUCAGAAUCCCAGAGUAACGCUGGCCGCCCGCAGCCCAACCCUCCCAGUAGCCCUCAGAGGAACCAGCCGGGAAAAGAUCAUACACCAGACAUUCUUGAAGCAGCCCACGUUGAACCAUUGCCUAAAGAUGCCCAGAUACAGGAAGAGAAAGGGGAGAAAGUACAUUAUUCCGGAAAAAAGGCCCAUGCCAAGCACUCCCCAAAUGACCUGGUUCAGAAAGCAACUGUGUCUAAAAAAGGACUAUCUCCGAAAAGAGAAAAUUCUGGAGGAUUAUCUCAAGAAAAUAAAACUACCCUCAGUAGUGAUCAACCACCUCCAGAAGGUCAACCGCUGCCCAGGAGACCUCUCCAGAGUGAAGAGGCCUCUACGGAGUCCAGACCAGAGGCUUCUGCUCCGGGGGAGCAUCCAGGCCGAAGAAACGAGGCUCAUAAAAGCGGAAGGUCUCAGAAGGCAGAGACUACUUCAGGUCCCCCGGAGCAGGAUGGCAUGGCUCCCCGCCAGCAGCCUGUCCAAGCGACACAAGCCCAUCAGGGGGCCAGUCGGACCACAGGAAGCUCUGUCCAAAGGGACAGCACUUCCAGGCAGCAAGCCAAGGAGAGACGCACUUGGAAACACCAGGGAGCACCGAGGGACAACAGCCUGGCCACACCCCAGAGGCAGGUGGCUGCUGAGGAGCAGGGCACCCAGAAGGGAAGGCUGCGAGCUAGGGGCAGUCAGAGCAUCAAGGUGUAAGCCAUCCCAAGGCCAGCAGGUCAUAAACAUCUGUACCCCUAAAGUGGUGCCAUCCAGAAUGGAAAGCUGUGGCCAGGGCGCUGUGUCUGUACAUCAGCUGCCCUCUGCAACCCCGAGUCAGUGUGAGUGGGGGACCCGCCAUUGGAUUCUUAGGAGGCAGCCCAUCUGUGCAACCCGAGCCUCUUUUGUGGCUCGCCAUUGCCUGGAGGGUCGGUGCAGCAAGGAGCCUUUGCAUCCAGAUUCACCCAGAUUCUGACAUGAUUUCAGGUUCUGGCUGAAGCAUGUCAUGUUGCCAUUGGAAAAAUUCACUUGUGGAUGAGAAGAUUCUCUUGUGCGUCUUGCAUUAUGUAGGUAUCCAGAAGCAAAAGAAUGCUGAAAAAGGAAGUCUUUGCAGUUUUGGGGUCUGGGUCUCUCCCCAAAGACCCCAAACCCACAAUAAAUUUGUGGGAGGAAGGGACAAGUGCUAUUUUUAUGCCCACCACACUGUGCUUCAAAUGUGUGUUGGCCUCUACUGCCUGCAACUUAGCUUUGUUUGACAUGAAGCCCUUCCUUAUCUCUUUGAACAGGAACCUCAUGUGAAUUAGCCCAUGCCUUCCUUAUGCCAAAGCAUUUGGUUGAAUUGCUUGAAAGAAGCAGUGGGGUGAAAAUUCAGGCAAAUCAGUUUUGCAUUUAUCUUCGUGUACCAUCAGGAUUCUUUGGCUGGCAAGUGGUAGGAACUCAGCCUGAGCCAGCUCUCAUGCAUCCCUUAGAAGGGUGUGCAAUAUCUCACACCACCAAACG